CAGCUAGCCCACCAUCAUGGCCUCCAUAACCCUACGAUCAACAUCGACCACCGCCACAACGAUCCUCCUGCUAGCAGCAGUCACACUCCUGGGCCCCGUGGCGGCGAACCAAGACCACGAUGCGCUCACCGCCCUGAAGAAUGGCCUACAAGACCCUACCGGUGAACUGAAUAACUGGAACCCGUACUCCACCGACCCCUGCACCUGGACCCAUGUCGAGUGCGACAAUAUCACCAAGCGCGUCAUCCGAUUAGAUCUUGGUUUUCGAAAGUUAUCCGGUCAUCUUGCACCUGAGCUUGGAAAUCUGGACCAGCUAGAGUACAUGGAAAUUCAUCAGAACAAUAUUCAAGGAACAAUCCCAGCAGAGCUUGGUAAUUUGAAGAACCUGAUUAGCCUGACCUUGUACAACAACAACCUUUCAGGGCAUAUCCCUCCAUCACUGGGUGAAAUGCAGGCCUUGAAAUACUUCAAUUAUUUUGGAGUAUAUGGUUUGGAUGAUGAUGCUUUUUGUAGGCGACUCGAGCACAACAAUCUGAGUGGGCCAAUCCCAAGGGAAUUGGUUGGACUUUCCAAUCUAAUGAUUCUAGAUCUCUCAAAUAACGAUCUCUGUGGAACGAUCCCAAGAUCUGGAGCGUUCCAGAACAUCCCUCUGACCAGCUUCGCCAACAAUCCGCGCCUGAAAGAUCCUGAGCUGCCAGGAGCGGGCAAUAAUGAUAACAACUGCUAG